GGUGGUGGUGGUGGGCAGGCAGAGCUCGUCGCCCAUUCGCCCCGUUCUGCACUUUCAGAAUCUUCUUUGAAGUUCUUCCGGCCCGGGAAUGCCGCGAGCUCGUCGCCGUGGAUUUUGACCUCUUGUCCGUCGCUCUUGCCAGAGAAGCGGGGCGCCAGUCGGUCACUGCUGCUGCUGCUGCUGCCGCCGCCGCCAUCGUCGUGGUCGACAACCUCCUCUUUAUCUCGCGUCUUUGGGGCUCUGCCGUGCAGACAGACAGACAGACAGAGGGAGGCAGGGACGCCCUGCUUUUGUGCUUCGGUGGGCAGGGACGCUGUUGCGGUGUUUUCUCGGCGGAAGAGUUUGGAAUUUUCGAUUUUACGGCUGGUGCUCGGAGGUUCGUGCUCUUCUGGGUUUGUAGUCAAACCCAGGAGAGCCUCGGUGGUGAUUUCGUAGGGAAGUUGCGGAUCGCCCUCCGCUCGUGUUCUCUGGCGGUGACGAUCGGGAGAGAGGAUAUGAUUCACGGAGUGCCUGUGAUGAAUCUGCAAUACUAUCAAUGGGCCUCGAUUUCGCAGGUGGAUGCUUGUCGUGAGAUAAUAUCGUGACCUUCGCGCUGCGAAUGUAUGAAGAAUUUCGUAUGCGAUGGUGGGAGCUGACGAGUGGGUAGUUCUGUAGUGCGUGAGUCUCCGAGUGGAUCGCUCGAGCUGGUGGGUUGGAGUCUCGUGCCCUGCAAACCUACAAUGAUAUGGGUGUCAUAGAUGUCCGCGGGCGGACCCAUGAGAUCGGAGGAUAUUCAGUGAGAGGAUGUCCUGAUUUUUAACGAAGUGGGAAGGCUUGAUUGGAGUGGGCCGAGCUGGACGUUGUCGGGAGUUUUAGGCCAGUUUGGGUCGUGCACGUCAUUGACGAUUCGAAGAGGGCAUUUGGUUGUGCGAAGCUUCGUUAACUGCUGAAUAUGUUGCGCUCAAAGCAGUUUUUGCCCUUUGCCAAAGGAGCUAGAGCGUGGAUUGUUGGACCAGCCGUCACAAAGGCGAAUACCUUAGAUAGCGCUAAGCCUUCUAUCACAGGUACAGAAGAUGGAACUUCGGAGCAGGGCUUCAACGCCAACAAUCAUGGGCAUGGCUCCAAUUUUCAUAUGCUGGUCCCUAAGCUCGAGGAAGUGGCAGUGGGACCAGUGCCAAAAUCUGCCGAAGUUCCCGUGUCUGCGGCAGCAUUCAACAGAAUCCGUCAGCAGAGUUCCAACGGCACAUUCAUUGCACCGUCGGGCCUCUCCAGGAAUUCAGGUGUCAACGCAGCAACGAUCCCAAGCAGGAAUGUUAAUGUUUUGUUGAGCUGUCAAGGACACAUUGCAGCGGAGAAGGCUGCCAAACAUUCGUCAGAGGCUGCAAGUGUAGUAGAAGCUACUGAACCAACAGGGAGAAAGUUCAAAAUCACAUCAACAGUCAAUGAGACGGAAGCAACUGGAGUUGAUAACCUUCAUGACGUCGCUUCGAUAUCCACGAAACUCAAGGAUGUCGGUUUCGCAGCUGUUGGUCAGAUUGGUCCUCGUACGAACACUUCAGAGCAGUAUCCAAGCCCCAAUGAUAAAUUCAUCGAAACUCUCGACUCUCACACCGCGAAAGCCAGGAAAAGCUCAAUCAUUCAGCCUAAGGCUGCGGGUACGAGAGAUGAUACAAAGUGCCACACCUCAACGGUUCCAGCACAAGCAGGCGUAGGUCAACCUAUCCACGGUACGAAAAAUUCCUUCAAGCGUGCAGAUGGAAGAAAAGCAUCUGUCUUGCCGGCAGACCACACAAUUUUUUUCGGCAGUUUAGACUCGCCCGUCUUGGUCCCGCACAGCCGUUGUGAAGACGAACCAUUGCAAAGUGUCAAGAUUGUUCCUCUGGGAGGUUCAGUGGCCGGAGGCUCUCAGCAGGAAGCAGGCAGGCAGGCUCGUUUAGUUCCCAAGAGCAUCCGACCAGAUGUGAGUGAAGGGCAGAAAGAUCGCUUUUAUAGGGUAAAAGACGCCGGUUCAAGAGGAGAGGUGAAGACAGGUUUUCCAGGCAAUAGGAAGAAAUAUGGAGGUGUUGCGCAGGCCAGAAGCAAUUAUCAUUCGAAUCGGUCAAGAAAGGAACCUGGUUGGGAGGGUGCAUCUAAGGAAUUGGUUGAUCAGGUGAGCAGCAUUCUUAGACGCUUUGGUUGGACCACUGAGACAGUGGCUGCACUUGCCGAAUGCGAAACAAAGCUGGGGGCUUACCACGUCAAUGAGGUUCUAAAGCACCAGAGAGAGCCUGACCUGGCCUGGGAAUUUUUCAAAUGGGCAGAAGGGCAGAGAGGAUACAAGCAUGAUGUACUCACGUACACUACGAUGAUUGGUAUCUUGGGACGAGUGAAAAACUUCGUUGCAUGUAACAGGUUGUUGGAUAAAAUGCGUAAAGAAGGCUGUCAACCGAGCGUCGUGACUUACAACAGGCUGAUAUUUUUUUAUGGCAGGGCAAAUUAUUUGGGCGAGGCCUUGAAAAUAUUUCACCAGAUGCAGGACGUCGGUUGUCAACCAGAUAGAGUCACAUACUGUACCCUCAUUGAUCUCCACUCGAAGUCUGGCCUCCAUGACACUGCGAUGGACAUCUGUGACAAGUUGUUGCAAGCUGGUUUUCAGCUGGAUACCUUCAGCUACUCCCUUAUCAUUCAUUGUCGUGGUAAGGCUGGCAAUCUCUCUGCAGCCAACAAGAUGUUCAACGAGAUGCUUGCUCGGGGUAUCACUCCCAACUUGGUGACGUAUAACACCAUCAUUGAUUUGCACGCCAAAACAGGCGAGUAUCCCAUGGCUUUGAAGCUGUACAAUGACAUGCAGGACGCAGGACACAGACCAGAUAAAGUCACUUACAGUGUUAUUAUGGAGGUCCUCGGUCACUCCGGUAAUACUGACGAGGCAGAAGAAGUCUUUUAUGAGAUGGUUCGGGAAGGGUGGACUGCAGACGCCCCCACCUUUGGUCUUCUCGUAAAUUUGUGGGGACUCGCUGGUAACGUUGAGAAAGCUUCUGAGUGGUAUAUGAAGAUGCUGGGUUCAGGACUCACCCCAAAUGCCCCUACAAUCAAUUCCUUGCUAGGUGCAUACUUAAGGGCUCACCAGUACCCUGGAGCAAUGCAGGUACUCGAGAGCCUGGCGAAAUGGGGACUUACUCCAACCCUUCCAACUUACACCCUUCUCUUAGACAGUUGUACCACAUGUGACAAUCGAGAGGAUGUCGACUCUGUGUUCGACUUGAUGAGGAGCACAGGACACCCUGCUCAUUCAUUCAUUUGUAAAUUGUUAGACGUCAGUAUAAAUGAGUCAAGAGCCCAUAUUGAGCGUUUUUUUCAGAGUUUACGAUUAGAAGACCAGGAAAUGAAGAGGGGCUUUGCAGACGCUUUAAUAGAAUUCCUUUACAGAUCUGAGCACAAGGCAACCGCUGGACACGUUUGGGAGGUUGCCUUGGAGAACAAUUUGUAUCCACUUGCCAUCAGCCAGAGGGUGCCUAAUAACUGGAUUGUAGACCUUCAUGUCAUGUCAAGGGGAACAGCAGUGGUGGCCUUGUCCAGGACCUUGUCAAGUCUAAGGGAGAGAAUGCUUUCAACAGGAGUAGUUCCUUACAGAAUCGAGAUCGUCACAGGAUGGGGAAGACAUAGUCGAGUCUCAGGUCUGUCUCGAGUAAAGAACGCGGUUCAAAACAUGCUAGGUGCUCUGGGAUCGCCUUUUUACAUCGACAACGCCAAUGUGGGUUGCUUCGUGGGCACUGGACAGCCACUAGCAGAUUGGUUGCACCAGUCUGACAUGGACCACAAGCUGGCUCUCUAGUCAAGCCAAAAUGACUAACUGUACCAUAAAGUAAAUGUGCGGUGAUAUGCCUUGGUGUAUGCUCAAGCAAUGGGAACGAUGAGUUGUCGCCCGAAGGGCAUCGAAAUCCCGUCGAUGCAAUAUAGCUGAAAGUUGCAUUAGUCAUGUGUCAUGGAACCUUGAGCUGCUACCAGUGGUACGAAUUAGUGCGGAACAUGGUUGUGAAUCGUGAGAUAAAUGAGUUCCAAAAUUGAACUCUACAGGGACACGUCUUGCCUCUACUAUUGAGUCAUUAUUUGUGAGUUGCUCGUCAGUUAUCCACCACCAGAGCCCUAUCGACGGCAGCUUAUUUAAUCUUAUCACUAUUCCCAGUCCGCAGCCUUGGUAGGCAGCGGAGAUGGUUGCUGGUACGACGAGGUUUUAAGGAAUGAAGUACUGAAUAGCUAGGUUUUUUGUAGCUCACAGGCAACUUUUGACCUUUACAGCAAAGUCUCAUUUUGCUGUCUUAACUUGUGGGCAGACAUUGGACUUCAAACUCUAUCUUUAGCCAACUGUACAUGCAUAUUAUUUGCAGGGCACUCAAGAUACUUUACACGUCCAUCGUUGUUUCAGGAAAUUGAUGUUUAGGGUAGUUUAGUAAGGUAGUAUUCCUCGUCUUCAAGCCUCGGGAAUAGAUAAAGCAUUCAAAGUUUUCUGCAUCGAGAUGUAAGAUGCCUUCAUGAGAUCCAAGGCCGUGCACAAUUUUGGUAGACUGUGUUUAGAAGAAACCUACAUUUUUGCGUGUUCAGUACUUGGAUGUCCAUUAAUCUUGAUGGUCUGUCCAGAGUUCUAGUAAUUGCACUCUUCAUGCCGA